AAUCGCAGCUCAGUCCGUGCGGAAGAGCUUUGUGGAGAAUGACGGCACCAAUGCUGUUGGGAAUAUGUCUGUGUCUGGUGUCGCUGGCGCACAGUGGAGCAGGAACAGCAGGAAGACCCCAUCCCUCCUACUGCACAACCUUCAGGGACAGGCCUGGCUGGUGCAGGCACUACAGCAAAUGCCCAGACUUUAAUGAACUCAUUGCGAAAUGGAAGGGCAAUCUAGCGCUAACGGAGGAGGAAACGAGGCUCAAGGAAAGCUCUGGCUGCUCAACCAAGCAGGUGAGCCACAGGAUGGAAGGAUUCGGGAUUUGGGAUGCGCACUCAACUAUCUGUGGACCGUUGCAGACAUUCGUCUGCUGUGAAGAUCACGCGAGCGAAGCGGGACUGCAGCUGCUACAUCAGUCUGAGGAGGCAUGCGGCAAGUUCACGGGUCCCAAGGUGUUUGGCGGCACCGAAAUCAAGAUGGGUUCGCGGCCUUGGAUGGCACUGCUCAGGUACAAUGCCAUAGUUCCCGGCAGCCGGGAAAGGGAUCAAUUUCUGUGUGGUGCAACGCUUAUCGCGACACGCUUCGUUCUGACAGCCGCGCACUGCGUGAUCGAUAUAUUGCCCGUGGCAGUGAGGCUUGGGGAGCACAACAUAACCUCUGAGCAGGACUGCAGGAUUGUGAACUCGGAGGUACGUUGCCAGCCGCCCCACGUGGACGUAGGCAUUGAUAAGGUCAUUCGGCACGAGGGGUACUCGAAAUACACGCAACAUAAUGACAUAGCCCUCAUCAAGCUGUCCCGGGAAGUGCUGUUUACGGAUCACAUCGCUCCCAUAUGCCUGCCCCUUUACGCAGAGCUGCAAAAGAGUAUCCAGGAGAUGCCAGUCAUGCGAGUGACGGGAUGGGGCAGGCAGCAUGCCAAUGGAAAUGAUUCCGAUGUGCCCUUGGAGGCUGGCAUCACCCGCUUGCCCCUCGCCAGCUGCAGCGCCCUGCAGAACCGAUCCAUCGCCGGGAACCAGAUCUGCGCCAGUGCCUCGCUCCGGGACAGCUGCAAGGGCGACUCUGGGGGCCCGUUGUUGUACGCCUUUAGGUACCAAAACAGCAUCCAGCGCUUCGUGCAGAUCGGCAUCGUGAGCUACGGCCCCGAAGACUGUGGCCACCAGCAGCUGGGACACCCGGCCGCGGAUCAGACAGCAGUCUACACGGACCUUGCCAGAUUCAUUCCCUGGAUCUCACAGAAAAUGGCCCAGUAGCAGCGCCCAAAUGUGGCCCAAGCGUAUAUAAAGUUAUCUUGGAUAAACAUAAACAGAGUUCUCUUGCUUCGUGAA